AUGGGGGAUAUGCAAGUUGGUGUUGCCAGUAUUGACGAUAAGGGUACUUAUGGCUUGAUGGAGGACAAACCGGUAAAGGCGGUGGCUUCAUCGAACCCGAGCCUACAAGUAUCUGUUUCAUUUGGUAGGUUUGAGAAUGAUUCACUUUCAUGGGAGAAAUUCUCGGCUUUUUCUCCAAACAAGUACUUGGAGGAAGUUGGAAAGUGUGCAACUCCAGGGUCGGUUGCUCAAAAGAAGGCCUAUUUCGAAGCUCAUUACAAGAAGAUCGCUGAGAGGAAAGCUGAGAUCAUGGAUCAGGAGAAACUAAUGGACAAGAACGCCUCUUUUAGAUCUAUUGUUUCGGAUCACGGGAAUAUUGAAGGCGAAAGUGGCGGAUCGGUGGCAGAGUCUGAGGUUGACGAUGGAUGUAAUGAGCAAUUCACUUGUGAAGAAGAUAAGCAUGUCACUGACAUUGCUGCUCAAGUGAAUGAAUCGAAUAUCGAUGAGCUUAAUGAAGAAACUAUCAUUGUCAAGGAAUGUCAAAGCUCGGUUGAUCAGGUGAAAGAAGAAGUCAAGGAUAGUCUGAUAUUGGAGAAAUCAGAAGAGAUUGCUCUUGUGGAAGAGAAACGAGAAGAAGUUUUACAAGUGAAGGAUGCAGAAGAGGAAGAAGUAAGAGAGGAAGUGAGAAAUGAAAUUCCGACAAAACAUACGACUGGCGAUACAAAUGAAACACCAAUGAAGGUGGUGAAGAAAGAGAAAAAACAUAAUCUAAUCAAGAAGAAUGACGGAAAUGUGCGGAUUAAUCCUACCAGAGGCUCUCCUAAGCCUAAUCAGGUGGCCACAAAACCGACAACUAACAAGAUUGUAACAAGUAGGAAAACUCCGCCGAGCAAGGAGAUCAAAAGCAUGAUGAAGACAACAAAGAAACCAGCUGCACCUAUCUCAAAAGCCCCACCAGGGUUCUCAACUCCAAGAGUGUACAAGCAGCCACCUUCACAAAUCACUUCAUCGUCUACAUCCCACUCUUCGAUAAAGAAGGAAAAUGUCUCGGCUUUACUGAGAAACAAACAAACCGCUUCAAAGUCAUUGCACAUCUCUAUGAGUCUGGGUCCAUCUGCCUCUGAUCCUACUGCUCUUACAAGCACUAGAAAAUCAUUGAUUAUGGAGCGAAUGGGAGACAAAGACAUUGUGAAACGUGCAUUUAAAUCAUUUCAAAAGAGUUACGACUUCAAUACUUCUGUCGAUGGACAAAACACAGCUCUAAAGCAGAAUCCUGCAAAGGCAACUAGUAUUCCGUCAGUAGCUACUCAGCAGAAGGAGUAUGGCAGGCCUACAAAAGCAAGUAGCAUGGAAAAGAGAAGCAGUACUAACACUCAACAUUCUUUAUCUCGUGGACUGAAAAGCAGCGUGACCGCUGACAAACAACAAAAGGAGCUUUCCAAGUCCAGUGCAAGACCUGUAGAGAAGACACGCUUGCAAACAAACCCAAAGGCAAGAGCGAUUGAUGCCAAACCCCGGAGAGAGUCUCUUACUCUGAAAGCAAAACCCAUGCAGCGUUCUCUUCCAGUGCAGACCUUACCAGAAGGCUCUUUAGAAAAGGUAUUAUGA